AUGACUACAACAGCUGAAGGAAAAGAGCAAGUGAGAAAUCAAGGGGUCAAAGAAAAUGAACAAAUAACUUUUUCCAUGAAAGAAAAGAAUCUCAGAAUCUCAGAAUCUCAGAAACUCAGAAUCUCAGAAUCUCAGAAUCUCAGAAUCUCAGAAUCUCAGAAUCUCAGAAUCUCAGAAUCUCAGAAUCUCAGAAUCUCAGAAUCUCAGAAUCUCAGAAUCUCAGAAUCUCAGAAUCUCAGAAUCUCAGAAUCUCAGAAUCUCAGAAUCUCAGAAUCUCAGAAUCUCAAAAUUUCAGGAUCUGAAAACCUCGAAAUUCAGGGGUCUCAAAAUCUCAGAAUCUCAGAAUCUCAGAAUCUCAGAAUCUCAGAAUCUCAGAAUCUCAGAAUCUCAGAAUCUCAGAAUCUCAGAAUCUUAGAAUCUCAGAAUCUCAGAAUCUCAGAAUCUCAGAAUCUCAAAAUUUCAGGAUCUGAAAACCUCGAAAUUCAGGGGUUCUCCGAAUCACAGAAUCUCAGAAUCUCAGAAUCUCAGAAUCUCAGAAUCUCAGAAUCUCAGAAUCUCAGAAUCUCAGAAUCUCAGAAUCUCAGAAUCUCAGAAUCUCAGAAUCUCAGAAUCUCAGAAUCUCAGAAUCUCAGAAUCUCAGAAUCUCAGAAUCUCAGAAUCUCAGAAUCUCAGAAUCUCAAAAUUUCAGGAUCUGAAAACCUCGAAAUUCAGGGGUUCUCCGAAUCACAGAACUUCAGAAUCUCAGAAUCUCAAAAUUUGAAGGUCUCAAAAUCUCAGAAUCUCAGAAUCUCAGAAUCUCAGAAUCUCAGAAUCUCAGAAUCUCAGAAUCUCAGAAUCUCAGAAUCUCAGAAUCUUAGAAUCUCAGAAUCUCAGAAUCUCAGAAUCUCAGAAUCUCAAAAUUUCAGGAUCUGA